AUUCGGUGAGCAAAUAAGCAAAUGAACCAUAACAAUAAAUCGCAGCUCCUUAGAGAAUGUUAACACGGUAAACUAGAGGAAAAGUAAGUGCAAAAAAGGGCGAGUAGAAUAGAAAGCAAAAAAAAGGCAGUACAAAUACAAAUAAAACACCACAGUUGAACCGAUAUGCAACCAAGCAGCAAAAAGAAAAGUGGAAUUAAAGACGAGAUAACCAAAGUAAGCCAAGGUAGCCAGAGGUUGUUGCUGUAGGAUGAAGCGAAUAAGCAGAAAGUAUGGAGCAUUGCCUAAUCCUUAAGGGCCAGGAAUAUUUAUCGAUAAUCGCAGCAAGAAAAUCUACAUUAGCUACGCAAAUGAACUGGAAAGGGCAAAGUGUGUAGUGAAAACAAUGAAAGAUGAAAGUAAAAAACAACUGAACCAGCAACAACAGCUCAAGUGAAACGAGCCCGGACCGAAGGGCGGGACAGAAGUAGUGAAAUAAGUAAAUAAAUGCUAACGUUUGGGCUAACAAACAGGAAAGCAAUAAAAGUGGCAAAGUGGCAGUCUAACUAGCUCGCAAUAACACUUGAAGUCAGUUUGUUGUGUGCGCCUGUGUGUAUUGACGAAAGUUUCAUAAGGGCUGGGAAAAACUGUAGCCAGCACGACAAAUGCUUAUAAACUGUCGUGCUCAUACUCAGAAUGGCUUUUCGAAAACAAAAACUUUCCACGCUAUAAAGUGCCACUGAAAAUUCAUAAAACAAUCAUAAAAUAGGCAGCCCGCAACGCUGUUUAACCGAAAAUCAGAGCAGGUCUUACGGCCCAUUCGCUUCAAUAAAAGAAUAUACAAAAUAUUUUAUUCAACUAUUUUGUUAUUGUUUGCGCUUACUUUCAAAUUUUUAUUACAUAUUAUUUAUGGGUAUCACGGCGCGGAUAAAAAGUCGCCAUUUGUGAGAGGAUGUGACACAAAUAUUUACGUAGCGCAGCAAUAAAACAAAAGUUGUAGGCGCACAAAUACGGCUAUUUGUUUCUGCUGCGCCACUACGAGCGGCGGCAAGUUGUUCGUGUCUGCUAUGCUGGCGUAAAAAAUAUCAAAUCUGACACUAGCAGAAUGACACUCCGACGAACGGCUGGCAAUCGUAAUAAUUCCCUUCGUAAACCCACUAACUUCCCGCGGCAAGUGCCAUCGCAUACGCUCUGUUGCAAUAGCAGUCUGGGCUGGUCGUGGCAGUCGCAGUGAGUGAACGAAGUGGAAUUGAAAGUUAAGUGCAUUGCAUUGAAGUGAAGGGAAGUGACGAGAUUUCCAUGUGAAUAGACAACAAUUUAGAGCACAAAUCCGCAAUGCGAAUAUGGCGAGUGGCGGCAAGUCAGCCGAAAAACCUCAGCUGCAGCCAGCAAAAAAACAAUCGCGACUGAGUGAGUGCAGCAGUGUAAAGCAGAAGGAGUACUGAAGAUAAAAAAGUUUCCGUGUGAAGGUGCAGUUAAACUGACUGCACAAGUGACAGCUGUGUGACAGCGAGUGAGCAAGUGAAUGAGUGUGAGGGCUUGAGUGACGGACAAAGUUUUUAAAUAUCACGCAUACUACGGGUGCUGCUGUGAUAAUGUAAAGCAACAACAAAAGGAACAGUAACACCAAUUGCAGCUACAUCAAUUGUUACAACAACAAUAAAUCGCCGCAUCAACUUUAAUUGCUGUGUGCGCGUAGACUAGUGAUAGCUGAUAGCACCCGGCCAGUGCGCGAGCGACAGGAUGCACUCACGUCAGCCAAAUGUACGCGCGCCAAUGUGGCAACAGCUGCUUGCAGCUGUCAUUUUCUCUCUGCUCAGCGUAGUACCCCUCCAAGCUGAAGUGGUCGACCUGACACCGCAGUAUAUCGCUUCCCCCUCCACAUCAGCCAGUAGCAGCAGUUUCACAGCGGGUGGCACGUCGUCAGCGGCGGCGGCGUCAGCUGCGGGCCUAACGGGCACUGUCUUCGUGGAGCCCUAUUUGGAUGGCUUUGACACAACAAAUGUAACCGCACAGAUCGGCACGCACGCGUAUUUGCCAUGCCGGGUGAAGCAGCUCGGCAACAAAUCAGUGUCCUGGGUGCGAGUUCGUGAUGGUCAUAUACUCACCGUUGACAGAGCCGUUUUCAUUGCAGACCAACGAUUUCUAGCGCUGAAACAGCCAGAUAAAUUUUGGACGCUGCAAAUAAAAUACGUACAAGCAAGAGAUGCGGGCGCCUACGAAUGUCAAGUGUCAACAGAGCCAAAAGUUAGCGCCCGAGUGCACUUGCAAGUGGUUGUGCCCCGCACCGAAAUCGUUGGUGGUCCAGAUCGCUUGGUCAAAGCUGGCAGCACUGUAGUUCUGCGUUGCAUUGUUCGUGGCGCACUGGAGCCGCCCACUUUCAUAAUGUGGUUCCAUAGUACGGAGCAAAUAAACGGCGAUUCACGUCGCUAUCGCACACAAGUCGACCGGAGUCUGCCCGAGAUCGAAGGUGAUGCACACAGUACGACCGGCUCAUUAAUCAUUGAAUCAGCGAAAAAACGUGAUAAUGGCAAUUACACAUGUAGCCCGUCAAAUAGCCCCAGUGUGACUGUGAUGCUCAACGUUAUAAAUG